UCUGUUUGGCUUGUCCUGCGUAAAGUGUUCCCUGCAGUUCAAACGUGAGCAAGACUGGAUGCGGGUGGCAGGACAGCAUCGAUACCACAUCGCCUGUUUCCUCUGCAAGAUAUGCAAGCGACAGCUCGGCAACAAUGAAAAAUAUCACCUGGUCAACGGAACAGACAUCUACUGUACCAACCAUUACCGGGACAUGGUCAACGGCGAGAGUUCAG